AACCUGCAAAGCGCUCUUUGCUUGGGGUUUCUGAAGUACCCCACUUGAGGAGACUUGCUGGCAGACAGCAAAGAGGAGCCUGGCCUAUUUCACCACCACCCCACACCCCCAUAUUGCCCAAGCCCGGCUGACAAUGGCUGAGAGGGAGGAUGACCAUGCUGAGGCUUGGCUGCAGUUGAAGCCUGUGGAGCCCUUGCCCUCCCAGUGCUGUGGCAGUGGCUGCUCGCCCUGUGUGUUUGACCUCUAUUACCGAGACCUGGAAAGAUGGGAAACAGCCCAAGCCAAAAAUGACAUGAGCCUGCUGAGUGGGAAGCAGCCACCUGAGAGCCAGGGCUGUUCUACCAAGCUGAGUCCAGAGACUUUCCUGGCCUUCCACAUCAGCACCAUGGAGAAGGUCACCAAGGACACCUAUCUUGUCCGGUUUACACUACCUGGGAACUGUCACCUCGGCCUGCUUCCUGGGCAGCACCUCAUCCUACGAGGUGUAGUAGAUGACUUAGAAAUUCAGAGAGCCUACACUCCCAUCAGCCCUGCCACUGCACAAGGAUACUUUGACGUCUUAAUCAAGUGCUACGAGACUGGGCUGAUGUCCCGGUAUGUGGAGUCCUGGAGACCAGGAGACACAGCUUUCUGGCGAGGGCCUUUCGGAAGCUUCUUAUAUGAACCAAAAAAGUACGGUGAGCUCCUCAUACUGGCAGCCGGCACAGGCCUGGCCCCUAUGGUGCCUAUCGUGCAGAGCAUCACAGACAAUGAAGACGAUGAGACCUUUGUCACCUUGGUCGGCUGCUUCAAGACCUUCGAGGACAUCUACCUGAAGACUUUCUUCCAGGAACAGGCCAGGUUCUGGAACGUUCGAACCUUCUUUGUCCUCAGUCAGGAGGUCUGCCCAGAUCAGCUACCCUGGAGCUACCGUGACAAGACCCACUUUGGACGCCUGGGCCAGGAGCUGGUUGAUGAACUGGUGGCCCGCUGCCGGAGAAGGCCAUUUACAUUAGUCUGUGGCUCGCCUGCGUUUACUGAGGACAUGGCUAGGUGUUUGCUGUCUGCUGGCCUGACUGAGGACUCCUACUUCCUCUUCUAGCCCUGGCCUUGGACCCUAAUCACGGGUACCGAGAGGAGCCCAGACCAGAGUCAGACGACAUGGAGUCCAGGCCUGGCCCUGCUGCUGACUUGCCCAGAGGCCUUGGGCAAAUGUCAUCACCCUUGAAACUUCCUUUCCUGUCUGCUGCAUCCUGCUGUGUGGAGGAAGGAAGGCCAGCAGUUAUCCUGGGAGCCAGGGAAGGCUGCUCCAAGGUCACCAUCAAAUGGAGUCCUACUGAGCUCAGGCUGGUGGGAGCUGGACAGGACGAGAGGUGAGGAGCCUCUUGUCCUUCCAGAGGGCUCAUCAGUGCUGAGAAAAUGACUUGGGGAAAAGCUCAGAGCUCUUGGGAGGACCUUAACUUCUGUGCCUCCUGCGGGGUGAACCUGACUUGCUGAAGGAAGGCCUUGGGUGUAUGAGCUGACUGUGUCCUCAGACCACGGCACUGCCCUGCGUCAUCUCUGUGUCCGUGACAAGCCUUUCCUGGACCAUCUCUGCCGUGACCAGCUUCACGCUCAGUGUCUUUCCUGGCUCAGGAGGCCAGCUCAGAGUCCUUUCCCCACAAAAGAAGAGGAACAGAGGCAAAUGCCCCUCCCUCCUGCAGGCAGCCACAUAGCCCGUGCCUUCAGCUCUCGGUGCCCUGGCGACGGUUGCUAUGGAGAUCUAAAGAUAGAGCAGGAGUCAGGAGACCUGGGUCCCUCUCCCAGCUCUGCCCACUGAGUGGCUGCUGAUCCAGGUCCACCCAGCCCCCACCUCCACCUCCUCUAUCCAGCGUGGGGCAUGCCCUCUCCAGGGAGCUCACUGCCCCUGGGCAUCACACUGACUUAACGAAUCCUGCUUUCCACAGCCUGGGCCCCAGUGCAUUGCCCAGCACAGGCUGGAUCCGGGCAGCCCCAGACUUCUAAUGCUCAGCAGUGGAAUGUUAGAAGCCGAGAGCCAGGAACCUUCAGGAUUAGAUGUUUGUAAGUUGUGAUCCUCCCUCCAUAGCAGACUUCAGAUGCCAAAACUCCCUGUCCAGCAGACUCAGUGCACAAACCAGUAAACCAAGCCUCUGAGUGGCUCACCCAAGGUGAGUGCCGAGACAGCCCUGCAAGUUUCCAUCUCCCCUCCCCAGUACGCCCACCUGUGAUUGUAUACCACGCUUUGCAAACUGGGCUCCCCAGGCCGCUAGGGAGCCUUGCCUGGAAGGCAGCAGCAGUAAAGGUGUCUGGAGGGAUCCCCAGGGCCCCUAAAUCACAGCAGAUCUGUUCUUACCUCAUCUUCAUAGUGGGCAUGGGAGAAUCUUUGUCACAAAGGACUUUUCUGUCCCACCCUGAAAAAUCACAACAAAGAAAUCCCUGUUCCCUGCACAGCCGUGGUGCUUGGUGGGUGACGGAAGCUUGCAUGCUGCACCUCAGGGCAUGGAACCUCUGUCGUGGUUUUACAGGGCAUUAGGUGUGACUUCUUGGAACCAAGUGUCGUGAGCAACUUAAAGCUGCAUAAUCA